UCAGAUGCACCAUUGAUGAAAUUAUUUCAUCAGUCCCCAGCGAGGAAUUUUGAAAGGUACACCAAACCGCUCACCUUCGCCGACUGCAUUAGCGAUGAGCUGCCUCUAGGAUGGGAAGAGGCGUAUGACCCACAGGUUGGAGAUUACUUCAUAGACCACAACACCAAAACCACUCAGAUCGAGGACCCCCGGGUGCAAUGGCGGCGGGAGCAGGAGCACAUGCUGAAGGAUUACCUGGUGGUGGCCCAGGAGGCCCUGAGUGCACAGAAGGAGAUCUACCAGGUGAAGCGGCAGCGUCUGGAGCUUGCACAGCAGGAGUAUCAGCAGCUGCAUGCCGUCUGGGAGCACAAGCUGGGCUCCCAGGUCAGCUUGGUCUCUGGUUCGUCGUCCAGCUCUAAGUAUGACCCUGAGAUCCUGAAAGCUGAAAUUGCCACUGCAAAGUCCCGGGUCAACAAGCUGAAGAGGGAAAUGGUUCACCUCCAGCAGGAGUUGCAGUUCAAAGAGCAUGGCUUCCAGACCCUGCAGAAAAUCGACAAGAAAAUGUCUGACGCUCAGGGCAGCUACAAACUGGAUGAAGCUCAGGCUGUCUUGAGAGAAACGAAAGCCAUCAAAAAGGCCAUCACCUGUGGAGAAAAGGAAAAGCAAGAUCUCAUUAAGAGCCUUGCGAUGCUGAAGGACGGCUUCCGGACCGACAGAGGGUCCCACUCUGACCUGUGGUCCAGCAGCAGCUCUCUGGAGAGUUCGGGUUUCCCGCUGCCGAAGCAGUACCUGGACAUGAGCUCCCAGACGGACAUCUCGGGAAGUUUCAGCACCAGCAGCCACAAUCAGUUGGCGGAGAAGGUCCGAUUGCGCCUUCGGUACGAAGAGGCUAAGAGGAGGAUCGCCAACCUGAAGAUCCAGCUGGCCAAGCUGGACAGUGAGGCCUGGCCUGGAGUGCUGGACUCGGAGAGGGACCGGCUGAUCCUCAUCAGUGAGAAGGAGGAGCUGCUGAAGGAGAUGCGCUUCAUCAGCCCCCGGAAGUGGACGCAGGGCGAGGUGGAGCAGCUGGAGAUGGCCCGCAAGCGGCUGGAGAAGGACCUGCAGGCAGCCCGGGACACCCAGAGCAAGGCGCUGACCGAGAGGUUGAAGUUAAACAGUAAGAGGAACCAGCUGGUGAGAGAACUGGAGGAAGCCACCCGGCAGGUGGCAGCUCUGCAUUCCCAGCUGAAAAGCCUCUCGAGCAGCAUGCAGUCCCUGUCCUCAGGCAGCAGCCCUGGGUCCCUCACGUCCAGCCGGGGCUCCCUGGCUGCCUCCAGCUUGGACUCCUCCGCCUCCGCCAGCUUCACUGACCUCUACUAUGAUCCCUUUGAGCAGUUGGACUCGGAACUGCAGAGCAAGGUGGAGUUCCUGCUCCUGGAGGGGGCCACGGGCUUCCGGCCCUCGGGCUACAUCACCACCAUCCACGAGGACGAGGUGGCCAAGACCCAGAGGGCCGAGGGGGGCGGCCGCCUGCAGGCCCUGCGCUCCCUGACCGGCACCCCGAAGUCCAUGACUUCUCUGUCUCCACGCUCCUCCCUCUCCUCCCCGUCCCCGCCCUGCUCCCCUCUCAUCGAUGACCCCCUCCUGGCUGGAGACGCCUUCCUGAGCCCCCUGGAGUUUGAAGACCCGGAGCUGAGUGCCACUCUUUGCGAACUGAGCCUUGGCAGUGGCAGCCGGGAGAGGUACCAGCUGGAGGAACCCGGAAUGGAGGGCAAGCAGUUGGGCCAAGCUGUGAAUACGGCCCAGGGGUGUGGCCUCAAAGUGGCCUGCGUCUCGGCUGCCGUGUCGGAUGAAUCCGUGGCCGGGGACAGCGGCGUGUAUGAGGCUUCCGUGCAGAGACUCGGUGCAUCAUCAGAAGCCCCUGCUUUCGACAGUGAGGAGCCAGACGCGGUGGGAGCAACCCGGGUUCAGGUUGCCCUGCAGUAUGACGAGAAGAAUAAGCAGUUUGCAAUAUUAAUCGUCCAGCUGAGUAACCUUUCUGCCCUGUUGCUGCAGCAGGACCAGAAAGUGAACAUCCGUGUGGCCGUCCUUCCCUGCUCCGAAAGCACCACCUGCCUGUUCCGGACGCGGCCUCUGGACGCCUCGGACGCCCUCGUGUUCAAUGAGGUGUUCUGGGUGUCCAUGUCCUACCCAGCCCUUCACCAGAAGACCUUAAGAGUCGACGUCUGUACCACUGACCAGAGCCAUCCGGAGGAUUGCCUGGGAGGCGCCCAGAUCAGCUUGGCUGAGGUGUGCCGGUCUGGGGAGAGGUCGACUCGCUGGUACAACCUCCUGAGCUACAAAUACUUGAAGCAACAGAGCAGGGAAUCCAAGCCAGGGGGAGCCCGAGCCCCCACCCCCGGGCCUGAGAGCACGGACGCCGUGUCUGCUCUGCUGGAACAGACAGCGGUGGAGCUGGAGAAGAGGCAGGAGGGAAGGAGCAGCACCCAGGACCUGGGAGACAGCUGGAGGUUCGAGGAGGAGACCAGUGACAACGAGACCGCAGCGGAGGAGGGAGAGGAGGAGGUUUUUGCCGAGAAAUCCUCACCAGAUCCGGAAGAGUGCCCGGCGGUAAAGGUGGACAAAGAGACCAACACAGAGACCCCUUCCCCGUCGCCCACUGUGGUGCGGCCCAAGGACCGGCGGGUGGGCACGCCCUCCCCAGCGCCAUUUCUUCGAGGAAGCACCAUCAUCCGCUCCAAGACCUUCUCCCCUGGACCCCAGAGCCAAUACGUGUGCCGGGUAAGCAAACAUGUGGCCCUUGCCCCUCCCACAGCGCCGGCUUCCUCUGAAUCGGUUGUUCGAAACUCUCUGGAGCGGCGCAGCGUCCGCAUGAAGCGGCCUUCAUCUUUCAAAUCCCUGCGCCACGAGCGCCUGAUGCGCACCUCGCUGGACCUGGAGUUAGACCUGCAGGCCACCCGGACCUGGCACAGCCAGCUGACGCAGGAGAUCUCGGUGCUGAGGGAGCUCAAGGAGCAGCUCGAACAAGCCCGGAGCCACGGGGAGAAGGAGCUGCCCCCGGGGUUGCGCGAGGACGAGCGCUUCCGCCUGCUGCUGAGGAUGCUGGAGAAGCAGAUGGACCGCGCGGGGCACAAAGGAGAGCUGCAGGCAGACAAGAUGAUGAGGGCGGCCGCCAAGGACGUGCACAGGCUCAGAGGCCAGAGCUGCAAGGAGCCCCCAGAAGUGCAGUCUUUCAGGGAGAAGAUGGCCUUUUUCACGCGGCCGCGGAUGAACAUCCCCACCCUCUCCGCGGACGACGUCUGAGCUCCAGAAAAGUAUUUCCUCUGGUCCAGGGACCCUGCCGUGAGCAGAGACUGUGGCCGCGUUAUUUAUGUGGUGUUAUAUGAAGGUUCUGCGUCCCACGUCCUCUAGCGCUCCUCUGGUUUGAAGAUGAAGAUUUUUUUUUUUAGUUUGGGUUCUAUUAUUAAAAAAAAAAAGAAGAAGAAGAAAAUACAAAAAAAAAAAAAAAACCACAGCAUUAAAACGACAAGAUUGUAUAGUUUGUAUAUUUAGGAAUGUAUUUUUGAGAAAGAAAAUUUAAAUGAACUAAAAGCAGUGUCCAGUUGCUGCUCUUCUUAAAAUAAAAUGGUUUAGAUUUUUUCUUUUUUUUUGUACAGCUCUGCCUUCUAGAGGUUUCAUGCAAUAAGUAAGUCAUGUUUUGGGGACGGUCACUCUAAAAGGACGCCCCGCAGACAUCACAGCACAGCUGUCCUUUCCUACCUAACAUAUUUUGUACAAUAUUUUAAAAUGCACAGCCAGCGUUUGGCGGAUUCUGGGGUGUGCCUGUGAAUCUUCACGAGCUGUGACGUGUUUUUACGCGGCCGCCUGAGGUGGAGCUGGCCACAGGCCUGCCCACGCUGUCUCAGAUGCCCAGUGAAGCCACUGACGUGAGUGAGGGAGGGCUUUUCAUUUUAUCUCCAUCAAUAAAGUGGCCUUUCUGAACGAA